ACUCGCUCGAAUAGAGCCAGUGCAGUGAACAGGACCGGCAAUUUUUUUCAAACCGGCAACCGGUGAACCAUUUUCACCCCCCAAAACAAUUUACCCCAAAGUUUUUGUGAACAUAACUGUGACCAUGGAAGUACUAUCUGUUACAAACGUAGACUACAAAAGUACCGACGAUUUCGAAUACGACUAUCCGGAAUCGGAGGAGGUGGCCCUGAUCGAAGCCCUGACCACCAGACUGGAGCAGGAGCUUCGCACCGCCAAAAAGGAACACCUGUCCGUCGGCGAAGUUCUGCUGCCGAACGGCCUGACCAGGAGGAUUUCGCAGGAUAUGUUCUUGUUAGGCGACUCGGAACCGUGCGGUCUCCGGGGAUGUACGCUCUACAUCAAUUUUGAAGGGGACGAAGUGAAGAGGAUAAGCACAAUCAAGUGCGAUCCCACGGUUCCGACCACCUUCGAACUUUAUCUGACCCUUAAACAGUCCGCGGGUGGAUGGAAUUCCUUCCUGCCACAAUUCCUCAAGAAAAUUACGAGGAGUGGCACAGUGAUGAUCAGCCCGGAAUACGGUCUUCAGAAGAAGAAGCUUUAUCGUUCUUCUUUAUCUGAAUAAAGAAGGAAUACUUAUGUACCUAGAUAGAAAGACUGAAUUCUAUCAUGUGAUAGACUUUGCAUAAGUAUUUUCAUCUCUUUAUUUAAUUGUUUUUCAUCAUCAUUAAUUUUUUUUCUGAAUCAUUCAUUUUGUAUGUUAAGUAUAUGAUAUAGUUUAUUAUAUUGAAGUGAUAGUAUUUUCAAAUUUUAACUUGUAGUUAAGUGUCAAACGCAAUACGAUCGACUCUAUAACGACCAAUUUUUCAUUUAAAGUUGUGAUAUAAAAUUCUAAUUUUUUUUUUAUUUUUUAAAAUAGUAUUUCUAUGUUUGUGUUUCUAUAUGUGAUAUUAGAACGAUAACGAAGAUGGUUUGGGACUAACAAAUGUUUUUAUUUUCAAGGAAAUUGUUAAUUUUCAGUAUUAAAAAAAUGGGCUACCGUCCGGAUUCUUAAAAGAAUAUCAUUUUAUUUUUUCCGGAUUAUUUGUAGUCGCCCCCACUCGAUAAUUUGUUGGUUCUUUUCCACAAAAAAAUGAAUUUUUGAAUUAUAAAAAAGUGCCACUGAUCUCAAUUUCAUGGUGAAUGCUGUGCCAUGAACAUUUUAUGGCAAUCUUUUAUUGUUUAAGUUUUUUUUUGUACAUUUUCUUAGAAACUUAGUAAUGUAACAAUUUUUAAGUUUUCUAUCGCUGUAAUGUGAUAUAGUACAGAUGUCUGUACAACAGAGCUUUUAUAUAAAAAAUUAUUGAAAAAUGAUUUAUGAAAAAAUACAAUUUUUAUUGAUUUUAA